UGUCAGCAGACAGUCGUGUGCCUCGGCUGCGUGUCGCCCGCAACAACACAAGCCACAGAGCAACAAAAGCAUAACAACAAAAGAUUACAAAAAACAGCAACAAACGACUCCAGAACUCGGUUGGGGCAGCUCUGAAUUUCACCCUCGUCGCAAUAACCCAUUAAAAGCGUAAUUUUUUGAGAGUGCAAUACGUGUUCGUUCGGUUCCAGAAUUCCAGAAAUCCAGAAUUCCAGAAUUAUCGAAAUGUGAGCUAAAGACCCCGCGGAAAAAUGUAGGAAAAGCCCGACGACUCUGGAUGAAAUCAAAAGAAAGCCCAAAAUAAAAAUAUCCCAAUAACAGAAAAAUACGUUACGUUGUUUGUUAUUGUGUGUGCCCCAUAGUUAACGAGUGUGCUGGCCAGCUUCCUGUGCAACCGGUCUGCGUCUGCGAAAGAGGGGCUGCCGCUCCGUCCAGCAUCCGACGCAAGUUGCACCUGCAACAGAAAAAAAUUCGAAACAACUAAAAAAUAAAAGCAAUUUAAAGAAGUUGAAGUUGGCCACCCAAACCCGUUUCCGUGGGGAGAGAAAAGCCAGCGACUCCAAGGCCAAACACGAUAUCCACUUGGCCACAACCAACAGCCAAACACCUCACAGGACAACAUAGCAAAAAACAGGAAAAUACUUUCGUAAACAACUUUCCACAUUUUUCUGGGCAUUUUUCUUUAUGGUGAGUUGACACACACAGAUUUCGAGUUCUUUUAAUGGCCCGUGUAAACUGGAUGAGCGAUCCGAGUUAACAACCGCGCGGCCAAAAUGAAGGAAAUGCGCAGCAGCCGAAUCCUGGCGCUGCCUCUGGUCCUCCUACUGGUCCUGCUGGUGCUCCUCCAGCCGACCGCCGUCCACGCCAAGUCGAAGAAGAACAAGUCCGGCCAGAGCCCGCACCACGGCGACUCCGCCUCCUCCUCAUCGAGCUCCUCCUCCUCUUCGUCCCCCUCUUCCUCUUCGGCGGGAUCCGCGCAAGGUUCCCUUGAGGAGGCGAAGCCCAAGAGCGGCGACGGCGGGGGCCAGCACUUCGCCAUGGAGCCGCAGGACCAGACCGCCGUGGUGGGCUCCCGGGUGACGUUGCCCUGCCGCGUGAUGGAGAAGGUGGGCGCGCUCCAGUGGACGAAGGACGACUUCGGGCUGGGCCAGCACCGCAACCUGAGCGGCUUCGAGCGCUACUCGAUGGUGGGCAGCGACGAGGAGGGCGACUUCUCGCUGGACAUCUACCCGCUGAUGCUGGACGACGACGCCAAGUACCAGUGCCAGGUGGGGCCGGGGCCGCAGGGCGAGCAGGGGAUCAGGUCGCGGUUCGCCAAGCUGACGGUGCUGGUGCCGCCGGAGGCGCCGCGGAUCACCCAGGGCGACUACCUGGUCACCACCGAGGACCGCGAGAUCGAGCUGGAGUGCGUCUCCACGGGCGGUAAGCCCGCCGCGGAGAUCACCUGGAUCGACGGCCUCGGCAACGUCCUCUCCAAGGGCAUCGAGUACGUGAAGGAGCCGCUGGCCGACUCGCGCCGGGUCACCGCCCGCUCGAUCCUCAAGCUGGCGCCCAAGAAGGAGCACCACAACACGACGUUCACCUGCCAGGCGCAGAACACGGCCGACCGCACCUACCGCUCCGCCAAGCUGCUGCUCGAGGUCAAGUACGCGCCCAAGGUCGCCGUGUCCGUGGUGGGCGGGGCCCUGGCGGGCGGUAAGAUCCCCGAGGGCGCCGAGGUGAUCCUCAGCUGCCAGGCGGACGCCAACCCGCACGAGCUGAGCUACCGCUGGUUCGUCAACGACGAGCUGAUGGCCGGCGACUUCACCACCAAAAUGAUCAUCCACAACGUGACGAGGCAGUACCACGACGCCCUGGUCAAGUGCGAGGUGGCCAACGCGGUGGGCAAGAGCGAGGAGAGCGCCACCCUGGACAUAAGCUUCGGACCCGUCUUUCGCCAGCGACCCGUCAGCGUGGAGGCCGACCUGGGCGCCACAGUGAGCCUGCGCUGCGAAGUGGCCGGCAACCCAACGCCCGAGAUCGAGUGGAUCAGCGAGAACUCCGACAUGGUCGUCGGCAGGGAGCCCGAGCUGAAGCGCAAGGUGAGCAGCGAGACCGCCGGCCGCUACUUCUGCAAGGCGGUGGUCAACGGCUUCCCCGAGAUCGGGGCCGAGGCGACGGUGUACGUGAAGCGGGCGCCGAUCAUCACCUCGCACAAGGUGCAGUUCGGCGGGGUGGGCGGGCGCGUGAAGAUCGACUGCCUGGCGUUCAGCAUCCCGAAGGCGGAGCACAUCCUCUGGUCCUUCGAGGGCAAGAUCAUCAACAUGAGCAGCGCCGACCCGGACAUCUACAUCUUCGAGGAGCACCACCUGCCGGAGGGCGUGCGCGCCGCCCUGAUCAUCCGCGACAGCCGGGCGACCCACUUCGGCCGCUACAACUGCACGGUGCUCAACUCGUACGGCGGCGACUCUUUGGUGAUCACCCUGCUGCGCGAGCCGACCAGCAUCCCCCUCUUCCUGGUCGUCAUGGGCGCCGUCUUCUGCGUGGCCCUCGUCCUCAUGGUCGUCAUGGUGGUCGUCGUCUACCGCAAGCGGCGCAGCCGCAAGAAGCCCAUGCCGGCGGACGUCAUCCCGGAGGCGUCGCGCGGCGGCGACAAGCUCACCGAGCUCAAGGGCGAGCUGCGGGCCAAGGCCUUCGACGCGGACUACUCGGAGGCGGGCGACGGGCUGGCCAUCAGCCUGGCCCCCGCCCCCCUGCCCGACGUCCAGAUGAAGGGCGCCACGCUGGGCGUCCCGCUCGCCGGGCCCGUCAAGUUCGACGAGCGCUUCGCGGGCGACUUCGCCGGCGAGCGGUACAGCCGGCAGUGCCACCUGAAGAACCUGCGCAACCAGCAGGAGCCCGCCUUCAAGGGCGCCCCGCCCACCGCCAACGGCUACGCCCACUACUUCGAAUACGCCCUGGACUACAGUCCGCCCGGCGGCGAGGGAGCAUCUGCGGCAUCCGUGGCGUCUGCCGCCUCUGCGGGGGCGUCGGCGGGGGGCGGGGCCAAGGCGAAGGGCGGCGCCAUGAACUCGGCCACGCUGCCCCACUCCGCCGCCGCCGCCGCCGUGGGUGGCGGAUCAAAUGGAGGAGGAGGCGUGGCCAGCCUGCCGCGCAACCAGCGGCACGACCUGCAGCAGUCGCAGCAGGCCAACGGAUUCCUCGGCCAACCGCUGCUCCAGAACGGCAUCGACAGCCGGUUCAGCGCCAUCUACGGCAACCCCUACCUACGGACGAGCUCCUCGCUGCUGCCACCCCUUCCGCCGCCCAGCACCGCCAACCCGGCGGCCACGCCCGCCCCGCCCCCCUACCACGCCACCCGGCACGCCCACAACCACGCCCAUGGCCACAACCACGCCCACCUCGCCAACGGGGGCCUCAAGCACUUCGCCGGCGGAGCGGUGAUCACGACGAGUCCGGUUGGGAAUCCCAACGGAGCAGGAAGCGGAGGAGGAGGCGGCGGAGGGGUUGGGGGCUCGACGCCCAGCGGCCCAGGGGGCGUGGCAGCGGGAGGAAGCGUGAGCGGGAGCAGCUCGAACCUCACCGCUAGCAGCAACACCCUGGCGGCCACGCCCCUCACGGCAUCUGGUGGGGGCGGAGUAGGAGGAGCAGGAGGAGGAGGAGGGGGUCAGGGAGGACAGUGUGCCCAGAGUCCGUCCGGGCAGUUCAUCCUGUCGAACAACGGAAAAGGCCACACGCAAAAGGGACCUCUGGCCACACACGUCUAAAAGGGGAACCACACGCAGAUGCACCCUGAAUAAAUGGAUAUCGAAAUGGAUAUCGAAUGGAUAUCGAAAUGGAUAUCGAAUGGAUAUGAAGCACUGGAGGAGCCACUAGCAUAGCCCGUGAAUGUGUUGGUAGAAAGCAGCUGCAGUUCUAGUGUGCAAUCUGUUUUUUUUUUUUUUUCGAAUAGCAGUAAUUGUGACUCAGAGGUGGAGACUAUUUUCGAGUUGAUCUUCAGCGUGAUUGGAUUUUCCACAUUUACCGAACUUUGGUGGGAUCGGUUUUUAUACAGCAAAGAGACCCCGAGGAAUCAGUCGAAAACCCGCGAGCAAAAAUACCCACAAAAAACAAGUAAAGCAAAAGCUUGCAAAAAAAAAAAGGAAACACGAAACAAAAACCGUAUUGUGAUUUAUAGCGUUAAUUAUUUUAUGGCAAGGCUCGAUCAUUUUGGAACCGCAAAUUAUAUCAACUAGUGCAAAUCUUAAGCUACUUAUCGAGUAAAAAAAUCGUAUAUCAAUUAAACACGAAACGUAUAAAAAUCGAGAAGGUAAAACAACUACGAAACUUCAAAAGUUUAUUUUAAACAGCGAGUUGCAUACAAUUUUAAAAAACUCAACAUCAAUUCAAUUAAAUAAAUAUAAAAAAAUAUAUAAAAAACGCCUGUAGUUAGUUUCAAGUAACAAAAAGCGAAAAGGGAAAGGUAAGCUGCGCAAGCAGCGAACAAAAACAAUUUUCUAAGCCAAAAUGUAUGACACUUUUAGAAUAAAUAUAUAUGUAAAAAUAUAUAUAAUAUGUGAAAAGUAUGCGAGAGUAUGCAGCAAACUUAUAGAGUAAGUGCUGAGUUUAACCUUUGACCCGGUCAAGAGAAGCCAAAAGCAAACGGAUGGUAAAUGACGGAGAACACCAUUGCAUUUUGUCUUUUUUGUAUAGAACAUGUACCAUAAUCUAGCAGAAAACUAAUUUUUGAGUUUAAAUGUUCAAAUUGUAAAGGGAUGACGCAGUAUUACCACAGUUUUCAACAAUCCAAAGUAACUUUAAAAUAAAUAUUACACGUGUCCAAGUAUUGAUGAUAGAAGAUAUAGUUCCCAUAUCCAGACUUGAUCGGGUUUCGAGGAACUCAGCAUCCAGCAUCCAGCAUCCAUGUGAAAACUCAACAUUUUUUUGUCUAGCCCCUAAGCGACUAAAUUAAACUAACUUAAAUUAAAUCAAUUAUGUAAAAGAGCAAGUGGAAUACUGUAUAUCGUAUAGAGCCUAAAUGUGUAUGUCAACGCUUAAAAUAAAUGACUAGCUAAGAUUAGAGAAUAUGUUUGUUUUUUUUCUGCAUAGUGUUGUAAGCUUACUCAUAAACAUUUAAAGUACAUGUAAACAAUUUUUAACGGUAAACAACUUAAAAAGCUUAGCAACAAUUUGUAAAACAUUCAAGCGAUCUACCAAAAAAUAACAGUAGGUGUAAAGAGAAAAUUUUUAACACGAAAUGCUGCCUUAUGAUUCCAUGUUGGGUUCUUAAUUCAUUAAGCCAAUACUGUAAUUAAUUUUUUUAACAUAUACAUACACAAAUAUACAUGUUUACCUAGAGUAAUACAACAAUGCUUUAAAUGUUCUUCAUUUACCCUGAUUUUGUCACUCGAAUCUAUUGCUAUUUCCAUGGGCUUUGCGCAAAGUAUUUUAAUCGGGAUAAAGUUCUGAUAAUCGGAGAUAAAGAUGUCGUUACAUUUUUUGGAUAAUUGUCAAACGAUUCAAUUAAGAGUUCAAUUAUAUAGACGUUUAUAACACAAAACGAUACAGAAAAAUCGAAUUAAAUUCCUAUUAAGCCAAGUAAAUCAUAAACGAAUUGCAGAAUGCAGAAGGUAUUGCGCGAAAAAGAAGUCGAAAACGAAAAAUUAACUUUAAGUCAAGAACAAGUCAAAUAAGUUGAAAUAAACAUACAAGAAAAAAUAAAAUAAAAUAUUAAAUA